AUGUCGGACAAGCUCACCCGUAUCGCCAUCGUCAACAGCGACAAGUGUCGCCCUCGAAAAUGUCGUCAAGAGUGCAAAAAGUCUUGCCCCGUCGUUCGCAGCGGAAAACUCUGUAUUGAGGUCCAGCCCGACUCUAAGCUCGCGUUCAUCUCCGAGUCCCUCUGCAUCGGUUGCGGUAUCUGCCCCAAGAAGUGCCCUUUCGAUGCCAUCACCAUCAUCAACUUGCCCACCAAUCUCGAAAGCCAGGUCACCCACCGAUAUGGACCCAACAGUUUCAAGCUGCACCGUCUGCCCAUGCCCCGACCCGGACAGGUUCUCGGUUUGGUCGGAACAAACGGUAUUGGAAAAAGUACCGCUCUGAAGAUUCUCAGCGGAAAGCUCAAGCCCAACUUGGGCCGACACGACAACCCUCCUGAUUGGGAGGACGUUAUCAAGCACUUUCGUGGUUCCGAGCUCCAGAACUACUUCACCAAGCUUCUCGAAGAUGACCUCAAGGCAGUUGUCAAGCCCCAGUACGUCGACCAGAUCCCCAGGGCUGUCAGGGGCCCCAACAAGACUGUCCGAUUCCUCAUUGAGAGUCGUGCUUCGCUUGGAAACAUGGAGCAGGUUGCCAAUGUCCUCGAGCUGAACCACAUCAUGGACCGAGAUAUCAACCACCUUUCUGGUGGUGAGCUUCAACGUUUCGCUAUUGGCCUAGUCGCGGUACAGGCGGCCGACGUGUACAUGUUCGAUGAGCCAAGUUCAUACCUUGAUGUCAAGCAGCGUCUGAGUGCUGCUUCAAUCAUCCGUUCCCUCCUCCGGGACAACGGCUAUAUCAUCGUUGUCGAGCACGAUCUGUCUGUUUUGGAUUACCUCUCCGACUAUAUCUGCGUUCUGUACGGAAAGCCCGCCGUUUAUGGUGUCGUCACCCUCCCGCACUCCGUUCGUGAGGGUAUCAACAUCUUCCUUGACGGUCACAUCCCGACUGAGAACUUGCGAUUCCGAGAUGAGUCUCUGACCUUCCGUAUUGCGGAGACUACCGAUGAUUUCGCUAUUGACAAAUCUCGUGCCUUUACCUAUCCUAAGAUGGAGAAGACUCUUGGCAGCUUCAAGCUCAACAUCGAGGCUGGUGACUUCACUGAUUCCGAGAUCAUCGUCAUGAUGGGCGAGAACGGUACCGGAAAGACCACAUUCUGCCGCCUCUUAGCUGGCGCCCUCAAGCCUGAUAGUCAGAAAAGCGUCCCCGAGAUGCGAAUCAGCAUGAAGCCUCAGACUAUCACCCCCAAAUUCGAUGGCACUGUCCGCCAACUUUUCUUCAAGAAAAUUAAGCAGUCUUUCCUGUCCCCCCAGUUUCAGACUGACGUCGUUAAGCCUCUCAAGCUCGACGAUUUCAUCGAUCAAGAAGUCAAGAACCUUUCUGGAGGUGAAUUGCAGCGUGUUGCCAUCGUCCUUGCCCUGGGUAUCCCUGCGGACAUUUAUCUGAUCGAUGAGCCGUCGGCCUAUCUCGACUCUGAGCAGCGUAUUAUUGCCUCACGAGUCAUCAAGCGUUUCAUCAUGCAUUCCAAGAAGACUGCUUUCAUCGUUGAGCACGAUUUUAUCAUGGCCACGUACCUUGCUGACCGUGUCAUUGUCUUCGACGGACAGCCUGGUAUCGACGCUCAUGCCAACAAGCCAGAAUCUCUCCUUACCGGCUGUAACACCUUCUUGAAGAACCUCGACGUCACUUUCCGUCGUGAUCCCACCAACUAUCGCCCCCGUAUCAACAAGAGCGGAUCCCAGCUCGACCAAGAGCAGAAGAUGAGUGGCAACUUCUUCUUCUUGGAGGAGACCCCUGACAAGAGCUAA